GAAUAUAUAUACCUAAAAACUCACUCUAAAUUCUAUACUAUCAAACUUUCCUCCCCGUUAUCUCUCUCUACAUCUACCAUUUUUUCCACUUUGUUAAACAAACAGACCUAAAUUGAUUUAGGAGUUUUUCUUCUUCUUUUGUUUUAUGAAAUGACAGACUAUAGAUUACCAACGAUGAAUAAUAAUAUAUGGAGCAGUACUACACCAACUCCCCGGACUUCAGUUUCUCCGGCGUUGGUGUCGGUGACGGGGACUACCGGAGACCCAUUAAAGUCGAUGGCGUUUUUCAGCGUCGAGUCGCUGCAACAACGACUCCAGACAUUAAUCGAUGGGGCUCGCGAAGCGUGGACGUAUGGCAUAUUCUGGCAAUCGGACGUCGUGGAUUUUGCGAGCCCCUUGGUGUUGAGGUGGGGUAAUGGGUAUUAUAACGGGGAAGAAGACAAGAAUGAGUGUAAAACGACGUCGUUUUCGCGGUAUUUUAUCGCGGAGCAAGAACACCGGAAGAAAGUUCUCCGGGAGGUGAAUUCUUUAAUUUCCGGCACACAAAAUGGUGGUGAAAAUGACGUUGUGGAUGAAGUAGUAACAGAUACUGAAUGGUUUUUUCUGAUUUCAAUGUCCGAGUCCUUUGUUAACGGUAGCGGGCUUCCGGGCCUGGCAAUGCAUAAUUCAAGCCCGAUUUGGGUUACUGGAACAGAGAGAUUAUCUGCUUCUAACUGCGAACGGGCCCGACAGGCCCAACGAUACGGGCUUCAGACUAUGUUUUGUAUUCCUUCAGCUAAUGGUGUUGUUGAGCUCGGGUCAACUGAGUUGAUAUCCCAGAGCUCAGAUUUGAUGGACAAGGUUAAAGUCUUGUUUAACUUUAACACUGAUAUGAGCUCGCCUACGGGCUUAGUAUCGGGCUCACGUGUUGUUGAGUCUGAGCCCGAUUUGUCGGCCCUUAGGCUUACGGAUCCGUAAGGGGUGUUAUUACUUGCAUUCCUAGUAUUACUUCCAUCAAAUAUUCCUAGUUAUUUCUUUUA